AGGUAAAUAGUUUCUCAAAUUCAAUAUGGCUGCCUUCAUGGAAUCAAGCACUUUGCGAUGUGCCAUGCAACGCUUGUAUGCAAUGAAACUCACUAAUGGUAUCUCUUGCACAUGCUAUGCAAGAAGUAUUUCAAGUUCCCCAAGCAUUAGUCAUAGAAAGAGAGGAAUAAACGAUUCGGAACAAGGUGACAGUGAAUUCAGAACGUUUGAAAUACCCGGCCUCAAACCUACACGCAGGGAACGAGAUUUCUUCCGGAGAAGGAGGAGACUGGUGGCCCCUCCGCGGUACCUGCAGAUGAAGCAGGACCAGGAUUGGACCAGUGUGUGGCCCACAGCCGCCUCCUUCAAGUGGAGUGUUGUCCCCCUACCCUUGAGACAGGGCUUUGCAGAGAAAGAGACCGAGAAUAAGGGCGUGUCCCCAGGCAAGUACGGGAAUGUGGAGCUGAUGAAACCACCCAACUUCCUGCAUCUCACACCAGCUCACAUCAAGAAACACUGCCAGGCCAUCCAGAAAUUUUGCACGAAGUGGCCAGAAGGACUGAAUACAAACAAAGAAAUUGAUAAGCAUUUCCCGAUAACAGUAACAACAUCUGACUACAGUUUCUCCAGUGCAUCAAUCCGAGAUCCGCGGGCUCGCACUGUCUCUGUAGCUUUGAAGCUGUCUCACUUGAAGCUGAACAGACAUGCAUGGCAGAAGAUGCUGAGACUGGUUGGAGACAGGUUUGAGCCCAACACCAAGAAACUGACUGUCACCACUGACAGGUGUCCGUUGCGGCAGCAGAACUACGACUAUGCCAUGUACCUGCUGACAGCCAUUUACUUCGAGUCCUGGAAAAAGGAGCCGUGGGAAGAGGAGAUGGUGGAGGCUGACCGGCACCGCUACAUUUGGCGUCUCAGUCAGUCACGCACGUCGGUCGUCGACCUGAUCAAGAAGUUCCAGGAGAUCAAAGAGAGUAAGAAAGAUGACCCAUCAUUCAAGGAGCUGUCACACCUGCCAAACAAUCUGAAGGAGGAAGACAUUGAUAGCCUUGACCUUGUGAGGGAGUACAGCAGAUCAGUAGCAGAGAUCAUGAACAAGGGAGAGAACUCUGAAUCUCUAACUAAAUACAAGGACUCCGUGAAGAAAAUAUUGAACCUUCAGACAGAGGCGUCCUGAUGUGUAGAGAGGGAUAUGAGUGACCUAAGCAUAUUGUACAGAUGUGUGAGAUGUGUGACAAGUGUGAAAUGGAUGUAGUCACAACAUGAACUGUUAUGGAGAUUCCAAGAACUUUGCACCAAUCAUGAUGAAGUCCAUUAUUGAGGGUGCCAACCCCCUUUUGGUAGACAGGAUUCAGAGUUUAUUUCGAGGGUAUUCGAGCCUCGCCAGUGUGAUACACGGGAUGGUAAUGUAACCAUAUUUGAUACGCAGAUUCAACGUUUAAAAAAAAUUAAUGGUGUACAUAAAAGUCUUUUAUAAUAUUUUAUUUUUUCAGUGAUUUAACUUAAAAUCUGUGUUUAGUAGUAUUCAGUAUUCAGGUGUGAGCAUUUAGACUCCGAGUGAAUAUUUAGAUGGUAUUCAGGAUUCAGGGGAGGUGGGGGUUGGCACCCUCAUUGUUGGCAUUGUCCAUCGUUUGACUCUGGAAUGCUGCAGAUUUUACAGGGAUUCAUCACUGUUGUGCAGCAAUGUAAUUGUCUUGUGUUACAGUAAACAUGGGAUGGCCUUGU